GCGCUUCUUCGAUCAGACAGUCACCGACCUCCCUUUCUUCCUCACUCUCAAGCCGACUGAUCGUCCCCCGAUGUCUCGUCGCCACCGCUCCUCUACACAUUUCGAUGUGAUGGAGACGGGGUACGACUUCAUUCUCGGUACUCCGUGGUCUCGUCGGUUCCGCAGCACCGAGGCCGAUUGCGCGACCAACACUCUCGUUCUCAAAACGAAGUGUGGACAGACGUAUCGCACUCUCGAGGCCACCGAACUCGAGCGUCAGCUUGAGGAGCUCCUGAGAUUGGGUUUCAUUAAACCCAACGACUCCCCGUGGGGUGCACCCGUCCUCUUUGCUCGCAAAGCGGAUGGAACUCUCCAUCUCUGCAUCGACUAUCGUGGCCUCAACCGCUACACGGUUAAGAACAGUUAUCCCAUGCCUCGUUCCGACGAGCUGUUCGACCGCCUAGCAGGCAACCGCUUCUUUACGAAGAUUGAUCUUCAUAGCGGUUACCAUCAGAUCCGCGUUGUUGCAGCGGACCAGCCAAAGACAGCGUUUCGAUCGCGCUUCGACCGCUACCAGUUUACGGUGAUGCCAUUCGGCCUCACCAACGCACCCGCUACCUUCCAGAGGGCGAUGAACGACAUCUUCAGGGACAUCCUGGAGCAGUACGUUUUCGUCUACCUCGACGAUAUCCUGAUGUACAGUCGUACCCUUGAGGAGCAUCUCAGACACCUCAAUGCCCUUGACUGCUUGCGAAGACAUGGCUUCUACGCCAAGUUGAGCAAGUGCCGCUUUGCCCAGCACAAAGUGGAUUUCUUAGGACACUACGUGUCUGACCAGGGUCUCCACAUGGAUGACGCGAAGAUCACUGCUAUUGCGGAGUGGCCCGUCCCCACAUCCGCCAAGCAGCUUUGCAGCUUCCAAGGUCUCACUAGCUACUAUAGUAAUUUCAUCCAGGGAUACGCUAGGUAUUCCUUCGUCCUUACCUCCACCCUCCUCCGGAAGAACCCGCCUUGGGCUUGGACACCCCUCCAUGAGGACGCCUUUCGCGCCCUCAAGAAGGUGGUGACAUGUGCACCGGUUCUUCACCUACCCGAUUUUGAUCGCCUUUUUAUCCUUACCACCGAUGCGUUAGACUUCGUUGUAGGAGCAAUGCUUUCUCAUAUUUUCCCCUCCUCUCCUGAUUCCUCUAAUCCUCGUAUCCCUCGCUUCCCACCCCCUACCCCUACCACUGCUUCCCGCCUAACGCCUACUCGUCCAGCUACUGACGAGCCUUCUAUUGACUAUUCUUCUACCAUCGCCGAGGACGGCACUGUCGAGUCUCGCUCAGGUGAUUGUCUGAUAGCCUUCUACUCCCGUCAGCUCCUGCCCGCUGAGAUAAACUACACCGCUGAUGAACGUGAGGUUCUCGCAGUACUUUAUGCCGCUCGGCACUGGCGUCACUACCUGCACGGGGCACCAUUCACGAUCCAGCUCGUUGCCAUCUCGGUCACCACCAUCCACCACUCGGUGAUCGACGAGUUUCGCACUCAGUACCGCCACUGCCCCGACUAUCGCGACAUCCAUCCGACCCUUCGGAGUGGUAACACCGUCCCGAACUACUAUCUCGGGGACAACGGUCUUGUGUACUGGCACGGCUCACAGGGCACCAGCGAGGCCCGUAUUUGCGUUCCCUCCACUGGACAGCAACGUGUCCGGGCAGUAGCAGAGUUCCAUGACCAGGCAGCCGCCAGUCACAUGGGAUUCCACAAGACGUUGGUUCGUGUGAGCCACUUGUACGUCUGGCCAAAGCGCAAGGACUUUGUGAAGGACUACGUCGCAGAGUGUCCCACCUGUCAGAAGGUGAACAGUGCGAACCACCUGCCUUAUGGUUUGCUCCAGCCUCUUCCUAUUCCUGAGGGUCGUUGGCAGUCCAUCUCGAUGGACUUUAUCGGUCCUCUUCGUCCUCCAACCCCCCACGGUGAUGAUGUUAUCCUGGUUGUCGUCGACCGCUUCACAAAGCGUGCACGCUUUGUUCCGUGCCGCUAUGCCAUCGGUGCACGUGAGGUCGCCGACAUCGUGUUUGAUCGAGUCGUGCGUGACCACGGCUUACCUUUGAGCAUCAUAUCUAACCGUGACCCGCGCUUUACCAGCCGAUUCUGGCGACGGCUCCACGAGGUUUACGGCACCCAGCUCCACUUCUCCUCGUCUUACCAUCCCCACUCUGAUGGUCAGACCGAGGUCACGAACAGGACUCUCAGAGAUAUUCUCCAAAAGAUUGUUCGUGACGACCAGCAGUGGGAUCUCCAUCUUGCCCACGCAGAGAUAGCCUACAACCACGUCGUCUCGCUAGCCACGAGGAUGUCGCCUUACUAUUGCGACCUCGGCUAUCACCCUUGUGUUCCCGCGGACUUCCUUCGACAGUCACAGAUGCACCCCGACACGAGUUGUCCCGCGUUGGAUGAUUGGGUUGCACACAUGACGUCGAUCAUGAAGACCGCGCAUGAGCACAUAGCCACUUCCCAGACUCGCAUGGCAGCAUAUGCGAACCGAUCGAGGACGGAUCAUCCAUUCAAAGUCGGUGAUGAUGUCCUUAUCGACGCUCGCCACUUACAGCUAGAAGCGGACAACUUCACAAGUUUCGGCGUCGCUUCUUUGGCCCAUGCCGCAUUCUCCAAGCCGUCAGUUCUGAUACGGCUUCUACCCCGGUCAGCUUUCUUGUGAAGCUGCCCGACUACCUACGCCAGGCUCGUGUGCAYGAUGUCUACCACGUCUCGUUACUGCGUCCCUACCGCAGA